CGCUCGCAUCUCAGUAACAAUCCUUAUCUCUUUCAAUGGCAGCAAUGGAUAGGUCCAAGCCUGUGUUUAUGUGGACUCAGGGUCUGAGGUUGCUUCUGUGGGAGAUCAUGGAGAAGUUCAUGGAGCUCAGGGCCGCAGCCAAAGAACUUCAUUUUCUCGAUCCAUCCUUCCCCAUGCACGAAUCUGAGGCGCAGACAAGAGAGGGCGCAUAUCUGAAGAUACUUUCAUGUUUCCCUCCCGGCCGGAUGACCUUGAGCGAGAUUGCACGCCAGUAUUCGCAGUUAAAGGACAAGAUAACCAACCAAAAGAAGGCGGAUAAGCAACAUGAGGAUUUCAUGGAGAAACAGCGCCCGACAGCGCCGUCCAGUGCAUCUGUGCAUUCACAGAGCUCUGAGCUAAAUUCUUCCACGCCUUCCGCGGCGCCAAUAUAUCGACCGCUGUCCCCUGCGAUGUCACCAAAUGCGAUACCAUCCUUUUCGCAAGACAGAGAAUCUCGCGCCCCCAGGUCAGCAGAUGAGGCUUUCAAGAGCGAGGAUAACGGAGCCUUGGACGACAGCUCAAAUGGGCCCAGAAGACACUCGGAAUCAAACCCCCAGACCUUAUCAGAUGCCAGCGAACUAUCUUCUGGAGCGUCCCUUAUUGAUCAGCAGCGGCGAAAUUCAGUUUCAAAUCACCCAUCCACCUUGGAGCGGCCACCCUCCACGACACUAAAAGAUCGUCAGUAUCUGCACCGAUCAAUGCGGUCACCUUUACCACCCUCACCCAAUUCGCCACAGAACGCAUGGAAUGCCUCCGGUAAUAACAAGAGUGUAGCGACAAUAGUUGGUAGAAGGCCCAGAGAAGGCAGCGGAAGUGAUGCGACAGCAUCGAGGUUACCAAAGUCACAUCUUCAGCAGUCAAUAACCACUCCAGGAUACGAACCAUCGGCAGUCCAGUCCAACCCGAAUCCACGACCAAUUCCAGCUCCUAUUCAGCAGGCCAUAUAUGACUCAUUACUGCGUGCGCAAGGAGGGCCUGCGAAGAAGAUACGUAUGAGUUACAGGGCGCAGGCCGAGGAUGAGGCGGCGAGAGCACAACGCAGCUACGAGGAGCACACAAAGUCAUUUCCGAUGCAACCUCAGCCCCUGACUCAGCGCGGUUCAACAAGUCAGCCGCGCGGAAUCUAUCAAGAUAGGUUGCCAAGUCAACAGCAUAGCAUCUAUCAGAGUAGCGCAGAUCAGCCGGUCUCAGAGCGGCCGCCUGUUGCAGGGAAGCGCGAGUCCCUUGAUUGGGAAUGGAAGAAUGGCGAUAGAAGGCGCGAAGCAAGUAGUGUGGCGACCAAAAAGUGGAGAUCAUCUCAAAAUCAGUCGAUAAAAGUCGAGAAGAUGGAAGGCGAGAAGAUGGAAGGCGAGGAUAUAGGGGGGAGAUGGCAGCUAGAGGAGCAGCAACGGCGGGUUGCAGUCCAAAAGGAGCGACUUCAGGAGGAACAGCGGAAGUUGGAGUUGCUAGUGCAGGUAAAGCAGGAGCAAGAGCAGCAGCAGCAGGAGCCGACAUAUGAACGUCAACAAGAGUACCAGGAUGUUCAGCACGAAGAAUCUUAUCCAAGAGCGCCAAUUCAGCUACCUGAGAGGCGUACUGAGAAGACCAGACCUUUGGUACAGCAUCACGAUCCGAUACACCCACGGUCAUAUCCUCAACAGUGCCAUCCAAGUCCAGACGCUCAUCCACAUCACGGUCCUCAUCAUUCCCGCCUGCAGUCUGAAGAUCAAUGCGAUUCAUGGGACAAGGCUUGGAGGCCACAGCAUUCUGCUACAGAAGCUAGUAUGACAGGUAGCCCUACCGAUGACGCAUCUAGUCGUGCUUACAUGCAGGCUCAGCCGUCCUUACGCCGACUCGCGCCAAUGCCGGGAUCUCCAACGCCCUAUUCUGAUCCCACGUACUUGACGCCGGCAUACAUGGAAUGGUGCGAACGAGUGAACUCAAGGGGAACACGAACAGAGGUCGAGCCUUCCAAACCGCCAAUUUCUUUCAAGCACUGGGAGGCUCCGCGCUCUCGUCCACGGUGAAUAAAGAACUGAAGUUGUUGUGAGGCAUAUUUCAUGGUUACAAAGUUGGAGCCUUUUUAUUUUCCUGCAGCAGCAG